AUGGUGGAGGCCCACAUAAAGCGACGGGGCGCUCGGAACCCGCUGGGGCUGCGGAGGAGUCCGCGGGGCCGGAGGAACCCGCUGGGGCUGCGGGAGGCUCCGGGGGCGGACGCUCCGGCCGCCCCAGCUCGCCCCGGCUCUCCCCGGCUCGGGGCCCCGGCGGCGGGAGGCGGCGCCUCUCGGGGGGCGGGGGCCGGGCCGGCCGGCGCUGCCUUCCGGGGCUCGGCGGGGCCGGAGAAGCCGGAGCAGCCGGAGCCGGAGGGCAGGAUGCGCCCCGCCGCCGCCGCCGCCCCGCUGCCGCUGCUGGCGGCCUCGCUGCUGCUGCCGCUGCUCCUCCCCGCCGCGCCCGCCGCCCGCGGCAGCUUGGAGCCCCCGGCCGGGAACGGCAGCCGCCCGCCCGCCGCGCCGGCCCCGGGCAACCACAGCGGGGCCCGGCUCAGCCCCGUGCCCGCGAUGCUCCGGGACCUCUCCGCGCUCAAAGCCGCCGUCAUCGGGGCCUGCGCGCUCACGGCCGCGCUCAUCGCCUGCCUCCUGCUCCGCGUCUUCAGGUCUGGCAAGAGGAUUAAGAAGACCAGGAAGUAUGACAUAAUCACCACUCCAGCCGAGAGGGUAGAAAUGGCUCCUCUGAAUGAAGAAGAUGAUGAGGACGAAGACUCAACAGUGUUUGAUGUGAAAUACAGGCUCACCCCGAGGAGGAUUUCCUACCUGGUAAUUAAAAGUGAAGGUCCUGAUCCAGGAGCUGCAGCCAAGGAGGAGACAAAAGACAGAGAAGCAAAUGGCAGGAGUCUUUGAUGGGUGUUUACCAUGUCCUCCUGCCUCUACCCUGGGAUGUGAUGACCCAUCUGGGAUGGAAGUGAAUGUCCCCAGGUCUUCUGAUCCCCCAGGUCUGGCAGAGGCUGGGACUGUCUGCCACACCUCUCUGUCCAGCUGCUGCCACAUGGAAAGGAUCUUUUGGUAUGAUAAAAGGAUCAGACCAGAGAUCCAGGAGCCAGGAAACUUGGAGUUUGUCCCUGCCACUAACCUUGCUGCCUGAUCUGCAUUGGGUCACUCAGACCAAACCACCCUGACCCUGUAACACCAAAACAUUCUGUGCUGCACUUGGACAAAUGGUUUGUAGAAAUACAGAGCACCCACUGUCACUGCACACCAAGCUGUAUUUUGAAGUGCUGGCAUUUAGCUUUGGAGAUGACAGCAAACCCC